AUGUUCACAAAGAUAACUAAAAGAGAGAGAUCAGAUGAGCUGGUUAUACAAGAGACAAAGAGACAGCAGACCGGGUUAGGAGAAACGCUUAAACUCCAAAUAGCUACCCUUGUCAAUAUCAUUCCAGGUAAAGAACAAAAAAUUGCUAUAUACAAUAAGCCUGUUACUACAAUUGGUAGAAGUAGAUCAUGUGACAUUAUUCUUCGUGAGCCUGAUAUUUCUACUGUCCAUUGUGAAUUGAAUUUAAUUAAUAUGAAUGUGGAUGGCAUAGAGAGACAAUUGUUGAAUAUAAUAGAUAGAAGUAGAAACGGUACCUUUAUUAAUGGGAAUAGAUUGGUAAGGAAGGAUUGUAUUUUGAAGAAUGGUGAUAAAGUUGUCUUUGGUAAAAGUUGUUCUUUUCUUUUCAAAUAUCCUUCCUUUAGUGAGACUUUAGAUCAAACUUUCCAAAGUAAUAAUGUCACAGAGAAAUCGCAAGUUAAAAUUGAUUCUGUCAAUGAAAAUGUUGGGAACUCAACUGAUGAAAAUAUUUUGAUUCCAAGUCAAAAGGAUGACACUGUUUUCAAAAAACCACAGUUUGCAUUUACAAGUAGUCAGAAUGCCGCAUUUAAGAUUAUGAAAACUAAGCCAAAAUCUGUAUUCGAUAAAUAUAUUCUAGGUAAAGAUUUAGGUUCUGGUCAUUAUGCUAUUGUUAAGGAAGGCAAAAAUAAAAAGACGGGUCAAACAGUAGCUAUCAAAAUCUUCCAUCCACAAAAAAAUGAUGAUCAAAAGAAAAGUAAACAAUUUAGAGAAGAAACAAGUAUCCUUAUGAGUAUACAUCAUCCAAAUAUUGUUAACCUACUAGACAGUUUUGUAGAACCCUUAAGUAAAUCGCAGAUUCAAAAGUAUUUAGUACUUGAAAAGGUUGAUGAUGGUGAAUUGUUUGAUCGAGUUGUUAAAAAGACUUGUUUAAGACAAGAUGAAUCAAAGGCACUUUUCAAGCAAAUUAUAACUGGUUUAAAAUACCUACAUGGUCAGAACAUUAUUCAUAGAGAUAUCAAACCAGAAAACAUUCUUUUAAAUAUUACUAAGAGAACCUCACCAGAUCAAAAACAAUUAGGGCCAUGGGACCCAGACGAAAUCGACAUCCAAGUUAAGAUUGCUGAUUUUGGAUUAGCCAAAUUCACUGGGGAAUUGCAAUUCACUAAUACAUUAUGUGGUACUCCAUCAUAUGUAGCUCCAGAAGUGCUAACAAAGAAAGGGUAUACCUCAAAAGUUGAUUUAUGGAGUGCAGGUGUUAUUUUGUAUGUCUGUUUAUGUGGAUUCCCACCUUUCAGUGAUCAAUUGGGUCCUCCAUCAUUAAAAGAACAAAUCUUGCAAGCUAAGUACGCAUUUUAUUCACCUUAUUGGGACAAUAUUGACGAUACUAUUCUUCAUCUAAUAUCAAACUUGUUAGUUCUUGAUCCAGAAAAAAGAUAUGAUGUUGACGAUGUUUUGGCCCAUCCUUGGUUUAAAGAUGUACGGAAUGCAGAAGUUGCUACUGAUAUGAAACGUUUGCAAUUAUCUGAAAAUCAAUUGCCCAAAACAUAUACAGAACUUUCGUGUUUAUAG